AAAAUUAUCAGAAUAGAAUGGAAAUUGGAGUUUAAAAAUAAACAGAUGAAGAAAAGUAAGCAUAACCAGCGUAAUUCAAUAAAUUAGACGAUAGUGGAGAUAAAAAACAAACAGGAUAUUGUGCAUUCUUAACAGUCGAGUAUAUUUAUAACAUUAAAAAUAGAUAUUAUACUCCAUAUUUCAAUGUUACAGAAACAGAUGUAAUAUCAAGAAUUAAAGCAACAUUUUUACCUUUUAAACCAGAUUUCAUUAAUUAAACUAAAGAGAAUCCUGAUUUGUAUUAAUUAUAGAUUAAUUAAAUAGAUGGGGUCCAAUAUGGAUUAAUGCUACUCUAAUUUUUAUGAUUACAGCUAUAGCAAAUUUAAGGUAGGUUGAUUCUGAAAAAGAAAAUUAAUCAUUUGAUGUUGGUUAUGUACCUUAAGCAACUGCUUUGUUGUAUAUUAUUGCAUUUGGAACUCCAGUUAUUUUAGCUAUUGUGAUGAAAAUCUUAGGAGUAGACUUGAGUUUCUUCUAAACUAUUUGUUUAUAUGGCUAUUCCAUGUCAACAUUGUUACCAAUCACUAUUCUAUGUUAUUUUUAGAAUGAAUUAUUUUUAUGGCUAAUUAUAACAUAUGGAGUUGGAAAUUCAAUAUUGUUCUUAAUUUUUAAUUUGAAAGAGUAAUAUAUAUAAACUAAUAUUAGAGAAUUAGAUAAAUUAUAGAUCCAAAAGAAGUACAUAAUAAUUGGCAUAGUAAUAACAAUGUAGUUAUCUCUCUAUUUAUUUUAUAAAUUGGUUUUCUUUUCAUAUGUAUCAGAGGGAAAGGCAGAAUCUACAAGUGUUACAAAAGAUACAAAAGUGCCAGGUAAUUGAUU